UAUGCGGUGAUAAGUCUGCUUCAGUGCCGAAUAUGUUCGCUGCCUAUGCGCACCCCCCUUCGGCUGCCGUGUGGAAACACGAUUUGUCGCGCUUGUCUUCCGCCAGUCAAGAAGCGAGAGGGCAUUUCGUAUCCUACGGACCAAGGGCGAGAAGAGGGCUUUUUGUGUCCGUGGGAGGGCCGAGGAUGCGGGUCGUCGAUUGAGCACUCAAUGGGGGACUGUGGCGUCGAUGUCACGGUCAGCAAAAUCAUGGAUGUUUUGGACAAUGUGCUCGCUAAUAAUAUCGACCGGACUAUGGCUCCUGUGCAGAUGCAGUGGACGUCUGCUAGUGCUGAUAAUAGCACCGAGGAACCAUUGGUCGUCCAAGAGGCAACUCUUCUCCAUGGACGAUAUCUAGGCACGUAUAAGUUGAUGAAAGAGGGAGGACUUCAGCAUGAUAUCGACAAUGUUACUUAUAGACACAUGAACUCAGAAGACGAGCAAAAAGCUUCCGAGCUAGACCGCUUAGUUGUUGGACAGCUGAGAAGAAAUAUUCAGAAUGAGCUUGACUGUCAAGUGUGCUAUGGGCUGAUGGUCGAUCCACUGACAUCUUCGUGCGGACACACAUUCUGUCGCAGGUGUGUAGCGCGCGUAUUAGACCAUUCCAACCUCUGUCCAAUCUGCAGACGGAAGCUAUCACUUCCACCAGCCCUGAUGACCGAACCUAUCAACAGGAUUUUAGACAAUCUGAUAAGCAAUCUUUAUCCCGAAGAAAUAGAAUCGCGAAGAGCAGCGAUGCUGAGUGACAAUGUGCUUGGAGAAGACAAAGAUCUGCCUUUAUUUGUCUGCACGCUCUCAUUUCCAUCCAUGCCUACAUUUCUGCAUGUCUUUGAACCUCGGUACCGUCUGAUGAUCCGUCGCGCGUUGGAAGAUGGUGGACGCAGGUUCGGCAUGGUAAUAAACAACUACACCGACGAGCCACAGGGUAAUAUUGGACAAACACAAUUCAUGCAAUACGGCACAGUCCUCUCAAUUGACAGAUUUGAGUUACUCCCCGACGGCCGCAGUCUGUUGAGUGCUGUUGGCGUUAACAAAUUCAGAAUCGUUGAUUGGGGGAUAUUAGAUGGAUACUAUAUCGCAAAGACCGAGCGCGUAGACGACAUCAGUCUCGCACAGGAGGAAGACCUAGAGAGACGCGAGAUGGCAGCAGCCGCAACAUCCACGACCGUUCAGGACUCGAAUGGCGAUUCUAGCGAUCUUCCGCUAGAAGCCCUGUCGACGCAGCAGCUGAUGCAGCUCUGCAUGCAGUUUAUCGAAAGAAGACGCGCGGAAUCUGCGCCGUGGCUACAUCAGAGAAUCUUGAUGGCGUAUGGUCAGCCACCGAGCGACCUGGCCUCUUUUCCCUACUGGUUUGCUAGUGUUCUCCCAAUCGCUGAUGAGGAGAAGUACCUUUUGCUGCCUUCAACCAGUGUACGUGAUCGACUCAAGAUCGCGGCAAGGUGGACUAGAAAGCUCGAUAGGGUGCCACCACCCAUUACUUCCCCUGCGAAAGAUAUCUGGGGUGCAUCGACACGAGACUCGGUUAUGUAUAUCACGCAGACCAUUGUUAUAGGCGCCAUUGUAUUUUUACUGCUGGCGCGAUUUACUGGCCAGCUAGCGCAAGUCGUGCGUUUGAGACGGAGGGAGGCA